AUGUCAGGCCGGUUUGUGCGUUCUUCCAAGUAUCGCCACGUCUUCGGACGUUCGACUCGCAAAGAGCAAUGCUACGAUAACCUUCGCGUGUCGCGCAAUGCUUGGGAUACCAACCUACUCAAGGUCAACCCCAAGCACCUCGCUGUCAAUUGGGAAGCUGGAGGUGGCGGUGCCUUUGCUGUUAUUCCUCUCGAGGAACGCGGAAAGCUUCCUGAACGCAUCCCUCUCUUCCGCGGCCACACAGCAGUUGUGCUAGACACUGAUUGGAAUCCUUUUGACGACGAUUUGAUUGCAUCUGGCUCUGACGACGGAAAGGUUUUCCUCUGGCGGGUCCCAGAAAACUUCACUGUUCGUCCGGAUUGCGAAGCAGACGAUAUUCAGGAUAUUGCACCGGUUGGAAAACUCAGUGGCCACCCCAAUCACAAAAUCUGGGACAUUGAGGCCGGUGCUGCCAAGCUCACCCUGAACGUGGGUGAUAUUGUCCAGUCCCAGUCAUGGAGUGCCAACGGCUCUCUGCUGGUGACCACCUCUCGCGACAAGAAAUUGCGUAUCUGGGAUGUGCGCCAGGAACGGCCCGCUCAUGAGACCAACGGCCACUCUGGAGCGAAGAACAGCCGAACCGUCUGGCUGGGCGAGCGUGACCGAAUUGCGACCACUGGUUUCUCCAAGAUGAGCGACCGUCAGCUUGCGCUCUGGGACAUUCGCGCAGUUCGCGAGCCAAUCAAUGGUUUCAAGACCCUGGACUCAAUCUCCGGUGUCUGUAUGCCGUUCUGGGAUGACGGCACUAGCUGCCUAUACCUAGCGGGACGAGGUGACGGAAACAUCCGCUACUUUGAGCUGGAAAACGACAAGUUCGAGUUCCUGUCCGAGUACAAGUCCGCCGAUCCCCAGCGUGGUAUCGCGUUCAUGCCCAAGCGCGGCGUUAACAUGCACGAGAACGAGGUGACCCGCGUCUUCAAGACCGUCAACGACAGCUAUGUGGAGCCCAUCUCCUUCAUCGUCCCUCGACGAUCGGAGAACUUCCAGGACGACAUUUACCCACCCACCUUUGGUCUGACCCCCGCCAUGACUCCCUCCGAGUGGUUCGCCGGCAAGGAGGCCAUUCCUCCUAAGAUCUCCAUGGCUAGCCUUUUCGACGGCGAAGGCCUCAAGGAAAUCUCAGGGAUUGAAGAGAAGCCUACCGGCUCUAUGAGCGCACCCGCACCCAAGCCGGCUGAGCCUGCGCCCGUCGCUGCCAAGCCCGCUGCCACAGCUACCCCGGAGCCUGUCCCUGCGCCCUCCCCGGUGGCCCGUCCGGCUCCAUCAAUGAAGGAGCAAGGUGCGUCCAUGGCCGCCAUGGUCAACAAAUUUGCGGACGAUGAAGAUGUGGAGGAGCAUACCGACGAAGAUUCUUCUUUCGACGAGAUUAAGAAGCCCGUGGAGCCUUCGGCUCGCUCUCCGGUUACUGAAUCUGCUCCUGUCCGGGUCAGCACUCCGCCUAGUGCCGUGCAGGCGAAGGAGGCCGAGCCCCAGGUCAAAUCUCCGGCCCCCGUCUCUACUACCGCGACCAACCCCUCAUCUUCUGGCGACUCAAGUGUGCCGGUCAGCACCGUUCACAAAGAGAUUGAGGCCAUCAAGGACUUGAUUGCUCAACAGACCAAGAUCAUUGCCGAUCAGGCCUCUCAGAUGCAGAGGCUGACAUCCGAAGUCGAGGCACUGAAGAGCAAGCUGAACUAA